AAAAACAGAACAAACGCCAGAAAAAUAAAAAAUAAAAAAUAAAAAAUAAAAAAUCGGUCCAAUUUUUUUUUUCCACUCGUUCUCUCCGCCAUCGUCGACUGAGAUUGCAACAGCUUCAAUUUCCCCCAAUUUCAGUUCAUCGCCAUGGCAGCAAUAUCAGGGCAGAUUGUUCAAAAUGUAUUUCUAUCACGGCGUUGUCAACGGAAUAGGCAAUUGGACACAAUAUACAGGGACUAUUGUGCCCUUAGCAUGCGCAACAUACAUCCCUUGCAGGGGUGGAAGAUAGCAUCUGCUGGCCUGUCAGCCAUGCAGUUGCAUACCUUAGCAGCACGUCAGAUCAGUCAUGGGAACCGAACCAGUGUCUUUUGUAAUGCUGCACAAGUUACGAGUUCGAUUACAUCCUUCGAGAAAGUUGAUUUUCACAAACUUCAAAAUGGAAGUGAUAUUCGUGGUGUUGCUGUUGAUGGCGUUGAGGGGGAGCCUGUCAACCUCACUGAACCUGUUUCAGAAGCAAUUGGUGCUGCUUUUGCUUCAUGGUUGUUGGACAAAAAGAAACCAGUUGGAUCCAGAUGCUUGAGGAUCUCUGUUGGUCAUGAUUCACGAAUAUCUGCAAAGACUUUACAGGAUGCAGUUUCUCGUGGAAUCGCUAGUGCAGGACUUGACGUCAUUCAUUAUGGAUUGGCGUCAACACCAGCAAUGUUCAACAGCACUAUUACGGAAGAUGAAAAUUUUAUUUGUCCUGCUGAUGGUUCUAUAAUGAUAACAGCCAGUCAUCUUCCCUAUAAUCGCAAUGGUUUCAAAUUUUUCACUAAUGCUGGGGGACUAGGGAAAACAGACAUAAAAGACAUCUUAGAGCGUGCUGCAAAUAUUUAUCAGAAUCUGUCAGCUGAAAGUCUGAAGCAAUCUGAGCAGGCUGCUGCAGCAAUCGUGAGAAAGGUGGAUUACAUGACAGUUUAUGCUUCUAAUCUUGUUAAAGCAGUUCGUAAAGCUGCAGGAGCUAUAGAGAAGCCGCUGGAGGGAUUUCAUAUAGUUGUUGAUGCAGGAAAUGGAGCAGGCGGUUUCUUUGCGGGAAAGGUGCUUGAACCUCUAGGUGCAAAUACUUCUGGAAGCCAUUUCUUGGAUCCAGAUGGUAUGUUUCCAAACCAUAUUCCUAACCCUGAAGAUAAGACUGCAAUGAAAGCUAUAACCCAGGCUGUACUAGAGAAUAAGGCUGAUCUAGGUAUCAUCUUUGAUACAGAUGUUGACAGAUCUGCUGCUGUAGAUUCCAAUGGACGAGAGUUCAAUCGCAAUCGACUGAUUGCUCUUAUUGCCAUUGUUCUUGAAGAGCAUCCAGGAACCACUGUUGUUACUGACAGUGUAACUUCAGAUGGCUUGUCUACAUUUAUUGAAAAUAAGCUAGGAGGGAAGCAUCAUCGAUUCAGAAGAGGAUACAAAAAUGUCAUUGAUGAAGCAAUUCGAUUGAAUUCUGUUGGUGAAGAGUCACACUUGGCUAUCGAAACUAGUGGUCAUGGAGCUCUGAAGGAGAACCACUGGCUUGAUGAUGGAGCAUACCUCAUGGUCAAGCUAUUAAACAAACUAGCUUCUGCCAGGGCUUCGGGUGCAGGUACUGGUAGCAAAGUUCUCACUGAUUUGGUGGAGGGACUGGAGGAACCUGCUGUUGCAGUGGAACUCAGGCUGAAGAUAGACCAAAAUCAUGCAGAUCUUAAAGGAGGAUCUUUCCGUGAGUAUGGGGAGGCAGUUCUGAAACAUUUGGAAAACGUGUCUAUUUCCGAUCCGAAGUUACAGAAAGCCCCUGUCAAUCAUGAAGGGGUUCGAGUCUCAGGCUGUGGUGGGUGGUUCCUUCUUAGAUUAUCACUUCACGAUCCUGUUCUUCCCCUAAACAUUGAGGCACCAAGCAAUGAAGAUGCUGUGAAGUUAGGCCUUGCCGUUUUAAGUGCCGUUAAGGAGUUUCCGGCUCUUGACGUUUCAGCACUGACCAACUUUGUUCAGAAAUCCUGAGUCUUUUCCAUGGACAGCAUUUGAUAUAGGCCCACUUUGGUUACUUCCAGUUAUGGGAUAGGAUGUGAUACUACUUGUUUACAGAUGUAACAAGACUUUUUAUGCGUUUACAAAUUUGAGGCUUUUAAGUGAGGCUUGGUGAUUGUAAAUUACUAUUUCGUCAAAUUUUCCCUGCUUAGUUUUCGUCUGAAGAGGCUCAAAACCUGUCAAUACUUCAUUGCGCCGGGAAGGGGGUCAUGGCACUUUUAUGGGAAGAUUGGUCUGAUCGCAUUCUUCACAUGAUACUAAUUUUUUUCUGAAUUA